AUGCCACGUCAGCGCUUCCUAUUAUCAUUAUUCACUAUUGUCGGGUUCGAAAAAAAGACGAUGCAAAAGUUCGCAAUACCCGCCGCGCUUUUCCUGGCAAUUGGUGAGUUUAUCGCCAUGUUUUUUGUGGUGAAAUCGAUGUUUAGUCAGUUGCGAAUUGGCGAAACCAUUUGAGACAACGAAUUGUGCGCGAAAAGUGAACAAAAUUCGAUCGGAAACGGCGGAAAAAGAGCAGAUAUCGAAUAUGAACAGAUUGGUGAGUGAGUGGACAAGUUUGAACGAGUAUUGUAGGAUUCUGCGAAGUGGUAUCGUUCUGAAAUUGUUUGGGGCGUAAUCUGGACAUCUAGUAGUGUAUUUUUGUAGUUGGUCGCUUUUUUGUAGGACCACUCUCAAAAGUGCUGUGGUCCUUGGAAGUUGGGGCUAGGUAGCUCCAACUUCCAAGAGCUACAGCAAUCCAGGCAAUGGUUUUACAAAAAAGUUGUCAACUACAAAAAUAAAGCACACAUUAUGCACUAUAUUUUUGUAGUUGACACCUUUUUUGUAAAACCAUUCCCUGGACUGCUGUAGCUCUUGGAAGUUGCCAAAUGUCCAACACUUUUCUUUCAGGACUACGAUGUCGAUUUGGAAGCUCGUGUGAACGCCCAACUCGACGGGACCAAGUGCGCCGAUUUCAACGGGACCGUCCAGACGGUCCUCCUGGACGCCGAGGUGGUCCGUGACAACUCACAGGGUCUCGUCACCUCCCAAGUCACCGAAUUCAUCAAUAGACCCGGAAAAUCGCGAAUCGCGUGCAUCCGAAAGAUCUGCGCCGGUCCCGACGAUCCGCUGGUCCUUGUGACUGAUUUGAGGUGAGCAGGUCCACAUGGUGCAUCGACCGGCCGUCGAUUUCGUUUCAGCGCGGAGCCAAAGCGUAAAGGAAAGCCCGGAACCGGUUGCCCGUCCGGAAAAGUGACGGAGGAGAGCGGAUUGUGCCGCACUCCGCGCAAAUUGACCACUUUGGCGCCGACGGACACGCCCACGCAAGCUGUACAACAGUCUGCCACGUCAUCCGGAUGCCUCGCACUGAUUUUGAUGCCUAUCGUGCGCUUCUUCAAUUCCUCAUGA